CAAUCUAUUUUAAAGGUUAUUACAUAUAAUUAAAUACUUUAUUUCUUCUAGGAGAUUCCAAAUAGCCCCAUGGCCGAAAAGAAAGGAUACGUUAUAGCUCAAAUAACCAACGAUGAUAUCGAAAGCCUCCUUUGUUUCCUGAGGAAAUUCUUCUUUAGGGAUGAACCUCUGAAUCUGUGCGUCGGACUGCUUGACGAACAGCCUACCUCCGUAGAUUAUGAGAAAUAUUGCUUAGAUUCCAUUCCCGAUGGUAUCUCACUUAAGGCCGUUUCACCAUCUGGUGACAUCAUUGGUGUGUGCCUCAAUGCCAUCGUGAACAGAUCAGACGACUUCGAAGAAAUGGAAUGCUUCGACCCCAAGUUCCGCAUAACACAAGAUCUGAUCGAUACUAUCAACAUCGAGUUGGACAUAUUCGGAAGGUUUUCUUAUGUGGAUAAGCUCAUUGACAUCAGAGUACUUUCUGUUGACGAAGCUUAUAGAGGUCAAGGCAUCGCCAAAGCUCUUUUGGAUAAAACCAAAAGAGUAGCCAGUGAAAAUGGUUUUCAAAUGAUUAAGACGGAUGCCACUUCUCACUUUACGGCCCUCGCAGUAACCAAACUGGGCUUCGAAUGCAUUUACACCCUCAACUACGCAGAUUACAAAGAUGAAGAUGGCAAAGUUAUCUUCACUCCUGAGGCUCCUCACACAUGUGUGAGGACAUUAGUUUACCAACUUAACUAAGGCAUAAUAUGUUAUUCCAGUUCUUUUAUUGUAGCUGUAAAUAACAGUUACUUGAUAUUUGGAAUUAAAAAAUAACUUCAAAUGUCUUUUAAAAUUUAGUUUAAUAUUUUAUGUAAUAUUUUUUCCUCUUUGAUAAUGUUGUCACAGCAACUAUAUUAACUAUCAAUCAUAUAAUCAUAGAUUUAAAGAUUUUUAUAUUUUCUUCACUCCACAAGAACAUACG